GUGUAGGGGCAUACGCAUUCUUCCCCAUAUAGCAUAGGCUCGCGUCUGGCGCAUCCCCUCCUCCACCCGGCCUUCACUGCCUGGAAAUGGUGACGCGCGAACAGGUCGGCACACAACCAGGUAAGCGUUACUGUGUGAAGAAGUUGAUAUUAUUCGAAGGGGAGAAAGUGACGCAGGUGCCGAGCAGGAAGCCGACCAGCAAACGGAGCAGUAAGCCGACCAUCAAACCGUCCAUCAAACUGACCAACAAACCGUCCAUCAAACCGACCACCAAAUCGACCACCAAAUCGACCAUCGAACCGACCAGCAAGCCCGCCGAUCUGCAAAGGAAAAGUCUAUUUUCCCACACAAAUUAGCAUAAUAAAGAAAACGUCCGUAUCGUCUGCGUUGUUCGCAUCGUCCGCAUCGUCCGCUUUGUCCGCAUCGUCUGCAUCGUCUGCACCCGCGCACCAUGAUUUCAAACGAACAGAAAUGCUACACGUCCCAUCGAAUGAGAGGCGCUGCACGCAAAUGCACCAGCCCGUUUGACAGUUCGCUUGAACCGCCACCUGAAUAUGCACCUUGCCCGGUCGCACGCACCACGGAAACUCCCCUCAUCCCCUAUUCCCCCAUGCAUGUGCUCACUAGACACAUUCCA